GCCUCCCGCGGGCGCGGCGGCUGCCGGGCGGUGUCGUGCGGCCCCCCGCGCCCGUGCGGGGACUAUGAAGCACCAUGGUGUGGUGUGACCGUGGCGUCCAGAUGCUGCUGACCACGGUGGGCGCCUUCGCAGCCUUCAGCCUCAUGGCCAUCGCCAUCGGCACCGACUACUGGCUCUACUCCAGCGCCCACAUCUGCAACGGCACCAACAUCACGACGGACGAGGCGCAGGGGCCGCCGCGGCGGGCGCGGGGCGAUCUCACGCACUCGGGGCUCUGGAGGAUCUGCUGCCUCGAAGGAAUCUACAAAGGACAUUGUUUCCGGAUCAACCACUUCCCUGAGGACAAUGACUACGACCACGACAGCUCAGAGUACCUUCUCCGCAUCGUCCGUGCCUCCAGCGUGUUCCCCAUCCUAAGCACAAUUUUGCUGUUGCUGGGAGGACUCUGUGUUGGAGCAGGAAGGAUUUACAACAGCAAAAACAACAUUAUUCUCAGCGCUGGGAUUCUCUUUGUUGCAGCAGGUCUCAGUAAUAUCAUAGGGAUCAUUGUCUACAUAUCGAGCAAUGCAGGUGACCCAAGUGACAAGCGAGAUGAGGACAAAAAGAACCAUUACAACUAUGGCUGGUCUUUUUAUUUUGGAGCCUUGUCUUUUAUUGUGGCCGAAACCAUAGGUGUUCUGGCUGUGAACAUUUAUAUUGAGAAGAACAAAGAGCUGAGGUUUAAGACCAAGAGGGAAUUCCUUAAGACUUCUUCCAGUUCUCCUUAUGCCAGGAUGCCAAGCUAUAGGUACAGGAGGCGGAGGUCCAGAUCCAGCUCCCGCUCCACGGAGCCUUCUCCAUCCAGAGACAUUUCUCCAGUUGGCAUGAAGAUAGCAGGCACCAUCCCCAUGAACGAAAUUUCCAUGUACACCCUUUCCAGGGAGCCUUUGAAGGUUACCACGGCUGCCAGCUACAACGCAGACCAAGAAGCCAGUUUCCUGCAGGUCCACAACUUCCUCCAGAAGGAAUUUAAGGAAGGACUCCACGUCAACAUGGUCAACAGGAGAACGACGCCGGUUUGAAGCGCCCUCCUUCCUCGUGCUUUUUUGAAGAGAUGCCCAAACAGAAUGGAUCUGUCAGGAGCAAUGUUAAAAUACCCUCUCACCUCUUUAAUUGUGGCAUGUGUUGAGGUAGCAAGUGGAGAUCCUCUGGACCAACAUAUUUACACGCUCGUAGCUUUUUUUGAAGCUAUUUGGAGUUUGUUUCUUUCCGUUCUUGGUGUCACAAGAUGAAGGCAGUUCAUGUUCCUGCACUUUUGUAGUGUGUACACAGUCUCGGAGAAACUGCAAAGGACUGGCCACCAGUGUGUUUUAAAGGAUUACAGAAAAUUUGUUGUACUUUUUUUUUUUCUAAUAUUGAGAUCCCUUAAUACAAACUUGCAAAUAUAAUUUAUAACCAAGCCCAAGGAUGAAAAUGAGCUACUCAUCAAGUGAGCCACUUUCCUUCAACACGGCGUAAGCUUUGCCUCUUUCAAAAUAAAAAAAAAAGAAAAAAGAAAAAAAAGAAAAUAUUUUUGAAGGCAACACUUUCUAAAACUGACCUGUGCCACUGAAACCGUAGAGCACCCACAUACUGAGCAUUACAGACUCUCUGAUGGGGUGGUAAGGGGGUCUCCCAUUCCUGGGGUAAGGCACCCCUUGGGGCAGCACAGGCCGAGGAGCAGAGGGUGGGUGCGCCUUGAAACACCUAGAAAGGAAAACAGAUUAAAGCAGGUGGGACUUGAGCCUAUUUGCAAGCAUCAUUUCUUGCCUAACGUUCAGAAAACUUGAAUUCUCAUUUCGACGAGCCCUAGUGCCUGAUCCGGCAAGGUGCUGAGUGCUGGCUGUCAGGAGCCCCUGGAGACUUGCCCGAGCGCGGCGGGAGCGGGGCAGAGGCGCCGCUGCCGCCUCCCUUACGCUUCACAAGUGCAACACUAACGCUACUGGAAACGGAGAUCUCCGAGCGACGAGAGCAGAGCGCGCCCGGCCUCGCCAACCUUCCCGCGGCAACCGGAGCCGGGCGGCAGCAGAGCAGAUGACAACUUUGUAUUUUUUAAAACAGAACAAAAAAAAGAAAAAAAAAAAAAAAGAAAAAAAAAGAAAAAAAUAAUCACCGUUUAUGAGAUAUUUAUUAAACUCUUUUUAUUAUGAAUUAAGUGCCGCAUGGUGCAAGGUAUAGUUGCUUUUAGAUGGAAAUGGUGGUUCGACCUAAUUUAAUUUAUUUUGUAAUGAUGCAUCUACUUACGUGCAGAGAGCCCACAGCAAACUCUAUGCAUCACGUAAGGAGGGAACUAAUUUGUACCCUAUGCUUCUGUCUGUUUCUAAAAGAGUCUGAAUAUUAUUUUCCUUUUCUUAUAAAUUCCUGCUUUCAGUUUUUAUACUUAGGCUUGGAUCUCAAAGCUCAAUGGCCUGACUCAAAGGUAAUUUAAUUUAAUAGUACUCAUGCUGAUUUUAGUGACCACUCGACCAAGCCAUAUGAGAAUGAGGUGCCCGAUUCCCCUCAGAUGAAUUAGAUGCAGUGAGAGAGGAGCAUCUAAUUCCUGUAGAUUCCUUUGAAUAUCCCCAUCAUCUUUGCCCAGAAAAUCUUUGCUAGCAGAACACUAGACAAGAAAAAAUCCAUAAUUUGGAAAGUUUGGGUCGCUGGUAGUGGGAGAUCUCAGCCAAACUGUUAAAACCUCUUUAGUCUUAAUUUAUCCUCUGAUGGCCCCAGGGCCAGAGACUCAGUGGUGGUUUGGACACGAGGCUUUCAGCUGGUGGAACCAAGUCCUCCAGGGAAAUCCCGGAGAAGCUGCCUUAACAUCCCAAAAAGGAAGUUGAACCCCUCUCCCCCAGAGAAACCCACUCAAGCCUCUCUCCUUGCAAGAACCAAGACACAAUUCUCAAUUUUAAGCGAGAGUCUUCCCCUAGUCACUGUUGAGCUCUGCCUGGCCCUCAGCCUGGCACAGCCACAUCGUUAUUUUGGCAGGGGUGGGUUGGAGCCUUCAUCCCUGCUCAUUAAGAGUUUCCAUUCAGGUUAAAACUCCGCUGGGAUCCUUUUUUCAAACCUCUGAACUCUGAGAGCUGAAGCGAAUGGAGCGAUAGGAAUGAUUUAAAACUAGAAAAUGUUGUGCUACUUUCUGUAUCAACACACUAUGGAGAAAGAUGUUACACAAGCUUUUUAAAAAAAAUUCAAACAGAGGCAGAAAAGAAAACUUUUUUACCUACUUUUCGGCUAGGACAACAUAAAAGGGUUCUAAAAUUAUUAAAGUUCUUGAUGAAAGGUUUUUUUUACAAGAAUCUUUAUGCUUUCAAACAAUAAAUUAUUUCCUACUUUUUGAGACUUCGUAAUAUUAAAAUACUUUGAUUAGCUAUGAUAGAAGUAGAAGUUUGCAAUGAAAAAAAAAAACCAACCUUCUGUCUCAUUAGUGUGUCAUACUAAGUGCUAAUUAAUUUACAUCUAAUUAUAGUCAAUGUAUUUUUCAAGUGCAAUUUCCCAGAACUAUUUGUUUCCCACUGUGUUAAAAAAACUAAUAGUUAGAACUAAGUCCUCAUCCGUGUUUCCUGUAAUUAAGAAUAAAACCAUUCCCUUUCAAACCAGGAGUUAGAUGUAGGCUGUUUCUCUAAUCUCAUGUACCUUGAACUGGAAGUGGACAGUGUCAGGUUUGCUCGCGCGUGGGUUUUGUUCUUUUAGUCGUCGUUCUCCAGUGAAUGUGCUUCAAACCACCCAUCUGAUUCCAGGCAAAGUCCAAGGUUUUUCUUCAGCCCAGCUCAAACCUGCAGAGGCAC